AUGGUAAUCCGUUCUCUCUGUCGUCGCGCGCUCGCCUCGUCAUUUGUUAUCCUCCUGUUGCUGGUUGUCCUCUCGCCGCAGCCUGGCCACGCAAAGAAAGAUGGCCCGACCAUCGCCUCCACCAAGUUCGAGCAUCCCCUCGAGGGCGUUUUCUACUUUGACGAUUCGGAUAUCAUCAUCGGACAUGACAGAGAAUUGAACACGGUGUGGCGCAGUGCCGACGCCGGCGAGACGUGGCAAGAAGUCAAUGACGAGGGCCAGUCGGGAAACGCUUGGGACCUGUAUCCUCAUCCUUACGACAACAAGCGUGCAUACAUCCUCGGAAUCUCGUCUGAGCAUUGGAUCACGACGGACCGAGGCGAGACGUGGAGAAAAUUCAGUAGUGCUGGUACCAGUCUUGCCUUGUUCCGCAACAGUCCAUUGAGCUUCCAUGGACGCGAUCCUUCAAAGGUCAUCUGGAACGGCGAGCGUUGUGCAGCGUUGUACUGCACCGAGAUCUCCCUGUACACAGACGAUGACUUCAAGACCAUCAACGAGAUGGGUCGUGAGACCAGAGGCUGUCAGUGGGCUGUGGGAACACCGGACUUCGCCCUGGAUGUUGCUGCCGAAGUUGAGGAUCGAGUGUUCUGCAUUGUACAGGGACUGUAUUCUCCCUGGCCUAAAGACAACCGGAUGCUGGUUUCUGACGAUUUCUUCGACGAGGAGGAGGUUGAGCCUGCGCUAGACGAAGGACGAGCGGUGACUGGCAUCAUUAGCAUGGCUUCUGUCAAGGGAAACUUGGUUGCAGCAGCAAAGUCCGAGGGCACGGAUGAGCUGGCUCUCUACGUGACGAAGGACGGAUCACAGUGGCAUCGAGCCGAGUUCGGCCAACAUCGGAUUAAUGAAGAUGCUUACACCAUCCUCGAAAGCACCAACUACAGCAUGCAAGUGGAUGUUCUGGGGUCCAGACCGUCCAACCCCAUGGGCUACCUAUUUACCUCGAACUCGAACGGGACCUAUUUCACGCGCAACAUCGAUCACACCAACCGAAAUAUCUACGGCCGUGUUGAUUUUGAGAAAGUCCAGAACAUUCAAGGCAUCGUCUUGGUCAACACGGUGGACAACUGGAAAGAGGUCGAAGCCUCAACCAUUGUUGACAAGAACAUCGUGUCGCAGAUCAGUUUUGAUGACGGUCGGACGUUUCAAGAUCUGAAGGUCGGUGACAAGAAGCUCCACCUUCAUUCGGUGACCGAUGCCCGGCAGGGAGGUAGGAUAUUCUCCAGCCCGGCCCCUGGUAUAGUCAUGGGAGUCGGCAACACUGGGAAAUACCUCAAACCUUACGAGGAGGGUGACCUCUUCGUCUCUGAUGACGCUGGCGUCACGUGGUACAAGGGGCUUGACGGGGCUCAUCUGUACGAGUUUGGUAACCAGGGUGCAGUUAUCGUUGCGAUUGACGACGAGGAAGCCACCAGUCACAUCCAGUAUUCAAUUGAUCAUGGCAAGACCUGGACCAAGGCCGACCUGGGCGAGAAGAUCCGCGCCAAGUUCUUGACGACGGUUCCUGAUUCCACUACAUUGAGGUUUCUUCUCAUGGGGUACCAUGGCACGGGGUCCAAGUCAGAAUGGAAGAUGUUCAAGAUCGACUUUGAGGGCCUUCAUGAACGAGCCUGUAAGAAGGGUGAUUUUGAACGGUGGCCGGCCCGUGUUGAUGCGGAUGGCAAACCCAGCUGCAUCAUGGGGAGGAAGCAGUUUUUCCGCCGACGCAAGGCUGACGCGGAGUGUUUCAUUGACGCCGAUUUCAAGGACCCCGAGCCUGAAUUCGAGCCUUGCGUCUGUACGAUUGCAGACUUUGAAUGUGACUACAACUUUGUUCGGGAUCCUGAAGACCGAACAAAGUGCAUUCCAGCUGCACCGAUCCCCAUACCAAAAGGGGAAUGCAAAGACAUUAAAGACACGUUCAAAGGACCUUCUGGAUGGCGAUUGAUUCCGGGCGACGAAUGCACUCGCAAGGGAGGGGAGGAACUCGACAAGGAAAUCGACAGACCUUGUUCGGAUUCGGCCAAGAAGCCUGCGUCCGGUGAGAUCGCUGUUGAGAAGACCAAUUUCGACGCCGACCGCUUUUCUGAGUGGUAUUACUUGGAAAGAAGCGACACAUCGCAGGGGACUGAUGAAACCAUUGUCAUGCGUACCAGCGAGCAGGAUAUCUACCUCUCUCGGGAUCAUGGCAAGACCUGGAACCCGAUCCUUGAAGGGGAGCCUAUCACCUCUAUCGUCCCAAAUCCUCACUACUAUGAUGCAGUGUAUUUUCUUACUGGGUCGAAGACAGUGCAUUAUACCAUUGACCGUGGAGAUCGGUUUGAUCGGUUUUCGGCACCGGAAAGGCCCAGCAACUUGAGGCUGCCGACCUUGAGAUUCCAUCCAGAUUACAAGAACUGGCUGCUCUGGUCCGGUUCGGUUGGAAAGGAUGACCACACCAAUAUCUUUUACUCCAAAGAUCGAGGUGACAACUGGCAGACUCUGGUUCGCUACGCAAGAAAGUGCGAAUUUAUCGCCCGCGAAGGUCGGGCCAACGCCGAUCAACUCAUCUACUGUGAGCAGUAUGAAGACGAAAACCCCGAAAAGAACCUCAUGCUGUUGUCGAGCGAGAAUUUCUUUGCUGACUCGACGGUCCACUUCCCUGACAUCUUGGACUUUGCAACCAUGUCCGAGUUUAUCAUUGUCGCGGCAAAGACGGAAGAUAGGCAAGGGCUGAAGGUGGACGCAAGCGUGGAUGGUCGGACUUUUGCACCCGCGGAGUUUCCCAAAAACUUCCAGGUUGCUCACCAACAAGCCUACACUGUGCUAGACAGCUCGACCCAUGCCGUCUUUCUCCACGUCACUGUCAACGCGGCUCCAGAUCGUGAAUACGGAGCCAUUAUCAAAUCCAAUAGCAACGGAACUUCGUAUGUUUUUACUUUGGAUGCCGUGAACCGAGACCAUGAGGGAUUCGUCGACUUUGAGAAAAUGCAAGGACUCGAAGGUGUUGCAAUGGUCAAUGUCGUUUCUAACAUCAAAGAGGUAAACGACGGGGAGAAGAAGAAGCUCAAGUCAAUGAUUACCCACAAUGACGGUGCCGAGUGGGCACUGCUGCCUCCGCCCAAGAACGACGCGCUGGGCCACGACUACAAAUGUGUCAAGGAAGCUAACAAGGCGACGGAGAAGUGCUCCCUCCAUAUUCACAGCUACACUGAGCGCGCGGACAAGUCGGCUACGUUCUCCAGCCCCAGCGCGGUGGGCCUCAUGCUUGCAGUCGGCAAUGUGGGCGAAUAUCUUGCUCGUAAGGACGACGAGAGCACCGACACGUUUAUCACCCGUGACGCUGGCAUUACAUGGUCGUCGGUCAAGAAGGGCAGCUAUAUGUGGGAAUAUGGCGACCAGGGCAGUAUUAUUGUCAUUGUCAAGGAGUCGCAACCGACAAAGAGUCUGUUCUAUACUCUCGACGAGGGCCAGAGCUGGAUCGAGUAUGAAUUCUCGCCCAAAAUCGAGAUGCAAAUCGACGCAAUCACCACGCUCCCAUCCGACAACUCUCUCAACUUUUUACUCUGGGGUCGUGAAAUCGGGUCCGGUGCGCGACGAGGAAUCUUUACAGUCAACGUUGAUUUCAGUGGCCUCCUACAACGGCAGCGCCAGUGUGACUUGGACGAGAAGAAUCCCGUCAACGACGAUUACUUCCUGUGGGAACCCAAACAUCCCAUGCAAGAUGACAAUUGUCUCUUCGGACAUGUGGCACAAUACCAUCGCAAACGGCCUGAAGCCGAUUGCUACAAUGGCAAGCAAAUCGACCAUCUGCACAACAUUGCGCGCAACUGCAGCUGCACGCGGCAAGACUUUGAAUGCGAUUACAAUUACCAAAUGCAAGCGGAUGGAUCGUGUGAGCUCGUUCCGGGACUCCAGCCUGCCGACCACGAACAGAAUUGUCGCGACAAUCCUGAUCAAGUGGAAUUCUGGUAUCCGACGGGGUACAGGCGGAUUCCAUUGACGACAUGUCAGGGUGGACUGGAACUCGACAAGAUCGAAAGUAAGCCGUGUACGGGGAAAGAGAAAGAGUACCGCAAGAAACAUGGCGUCAGUGGCGCUGCCCUCUUUUUCGCUAUUGUCAUUCCCCUCUGUGCCGCUGGAGGUGUGGGCUAUUGGGUCUACACCAAAUACAAGGCUGGGUUCGGAAGUUUCGGUCAGAUCAGGCUCGGCGAGAGUAUGGGAUCGAGUAGCCCCUCUGGCGAAUCCCCCUGGAUCGCCGUCCCUGUGGCUAUUGUCGCUGGGAUCGUCGCCGUCGCAAAGGCUACUCCUUUGUUGGUUAUGAGUCUCUGGAGAAGUGCAAAGGGGUAUAUGCCCCUGCGAUCGGGCGGAGGCAGCGGCACUACAGGAGGCUUAGGUCGGUUCGGUCUUGGAAGGGGUCCCAACGCCGCCGGGUACGGUGCCCCGUACCGCUCGAGAGAUGCCUUUGCCAGACGCGGUCAGGAUUAUUCCCAGGUCGUCGAGGAUGACGAGUUACUUGGGGACGGGCUCGAUGUGGAUGAAGAAGAAGAGGUCUGA